AAUUUCGAUGCUAGGUCGACCGCUGACAACAGCAUUUAGGCGUCCAUCCUUUCCUCUCUUCACGUCUUUUUUUUCCACAACUUCUUCCUGUUACGCCAAAAAGAUGCCUCCCAAGAAAGUAGUAGCAGAGAAAAAGAUUUUGCUGGGUCGGCCAGGAAACAAUCUCAAGAUUGGUAUCGUAGGCGUGCCCAACGUAGGAAAAUCGACUUUUUUCAAUGCUCUGUCCAACACCAGUCUGGCGAUCGCAGCGAAUUACCCGUAUGCGACCAUCAAUCCUGAGGAAGCACGCAUUCCAGUCCCAGAUGUCCGGUUUGACUGGCUAUGCGAGACGUACAAACCUGUAUCCAAGAUCCCGGCCUUCUUGACCUGUAUAGAUAUCGCUGGAUUGACAGCUGGCGCUUCAACUGGUGCAGGUCUCGGCAAUGCUUUCCUGUCUCAUGUUCGCGCCGUGGAUGGUAUCUUCCAAGUCGUCCGUGCGUUUGAGGAUGCCGAGGUUACGCAUGUCGAGGGCGAUGUGGAUCCCACACGAGACAUGAGCAUCAUCCAAACUGAACUACGGCUGAAAGACAUCGAAUGGGUAGAAAAACAUCUGGAGGGGAUGAAGAAGACUAGCAGAAGUCUCAAUAGCACGAGUUUAGCUGAUAAGGCUAAGAAGGAAGAGAUUGCAACCGUCGAAAAGAUUCUGAAGGUUUUGUCUGUAGAUGAAAAAGAUGUUCGGAAACAAGACUGGUCCAACAAAGAGAUCGACGUCGUCAAUGGCCUGCAACUACUCACCGCCAAACCGGUGACCUACCUUGUCAACUUGAGCGAGCGGGAUUACAUACGAAAGAAGAACAAGUGGCUACCCAAGAUUAAAGCAUGGAUUGAUGCUAACAACCCCGGCGAUCCCUUGAUCCCUUUCUCUGUGUCACUUGAAGAGCGUAUGGCCAGCAUGUCACCUGAAGAGAAAGAAGAAGAACAGAAGAAAAUCGGAGCGCAGAGCGCCUUGCCCAAGAUAACGCAGGCCGGAUAUAGUAGUCUGGAUCUCAUCCGAUACUUCACGUGUGGUCCCGACGAAGUACGAGCAUGGACCAUUCGAAAGGGAACCAAAGCACCUCAAGCCGCCGGUGUCAUCCACUCGGAUUUCGAAAACAAAUUCGUUUGCGGCGAAAUCAUGUCUUACGAUGAUUUGAAGGAGUAUGGCACUGAAGCUGCUGUCAAGGCUGCUGGGAAGCUGAGGCAACAAGGGAAGCCUUAUGAAAUGGUUGAUGGUGACAUUGCUUACUGGAAAGCCGGAGCAUAAGAUCUAUGCUCAUGUCAGUAGGUAACGUUAUCAUAGGAAAUGAGUGUAUGUAGUACAAAGGAAAAUGAAUGUAUACAACUAGAUCUGAAUGUUUGGCA